UAUAGUACGUGUCAUAUCCAACUACGCUACUUGACCGGUCAAGUAUGGAGUCGCAUCCUCUCCUAUUCCUUUACGUCUCAAUGAAGUCAGAAGCGACCCUCGUCUACGUCUCAAUCAAUUCCCAAGCGACCCCGUGACCGGCUGUGGUCUUCGUGAAGCUGGGAACCGAGGGAGAGGGGUCACGUCCCCGCUGUUGAUCCGCAAGAGUUCGCCAUGUUUGGGCAACAUUCAAUGAGGCACUGCGUUCGACGUGUCGACCUCCUGGGCAGCGCAACCGCAUCGGGACGGAUGUUGACAAGGUAAGGUGCGUUGCGUUGUCGGUACUGACACUCCAUCCACUAAAGCAGAUGUGUCUAAACAUGCCAUGUGGACAUAUAUGACACCACAUGGCGCCGAAAAGGAGGACGUUCGGGAGAAUUUAAUGCUUCGUACUGUCGAACCUGGGAAUUCCAAACAUGGCACCAGUUACGAAGAUACCCAUCGAUCGUGGCUGGGAGUUCAAGCAAGGCAGCACUCUGAACGGAUCAACAGCCUCUUCCUUUCUGCCCGUGGCCCAGUUUCCUACUGUUGCUCAUGUUGACCUCCUGCACCACAAGCUUAUUCCAGAUCCUUACAUAGACGACAAUGAACUUAAUUGUCUCUGGGUCAAUGACGCAGACUGGACGUAUCGAACAUCAGAGGUGCCUCAUCUCGACUUCGCAAGUACGAAGUCUCGUGCCGUCCUGGUCUUUGAAGGCCUUGAUACUGUGGUCGAUGUCUAUCUCAAUGGGAAAAUUAUUCUUUCCAGCAAGAACAUGCACGUCCGACAUCGAAUUGAUGUGACUGAUUCGUUGAGAGGCGUGGAUGGGACAAGUAUUCUGGAGCUCCGCUUCCGAAGCGCCCCUGCAUUCGCGAGAGAAGAAAAAGCACGCAUUGGCUACAAAGGCAAUGACACAGAUGUUCACUUCGGAGGUCCAGAGCGACUGUUCCUACGGAAAGCACAAUACCACUGGGGCUGGGACUGGGGACCAUCAGUAAACACUUGUGGCCCUUGGAAACCCAUAUAUCUUGAAACCUUCGAGCAGAGAAUCGGCGGUCUUUUGAUUCGUCAAGAGACUGCGCCAGAUUUGAAGACUUGUGUGCUUUCUGUCAAGGGGACGGUGGAGAAUCUCGCCCACGGCCAGCAAGUCACCGUGGAAGUGCGUGAUCCCACCGGCACCGAGAUCCUGAACCGCAUCGUGGACGUGGCCGAGGGAAGGCUUGAUACGAAAGUUUCUCUAUCUGAUCCACAACUCUGGUAUCCUCACCUCUAUGGCGCACAGCCACUUUACGUGGUCACCGUCAAGCUUGCCGAGUGCGAUGCUACAAGUCGAAGUAUCGGCAUUCGCCGCCUCCGACUUCUACAGCACCCCCUCAAGAAUGCUGAAGGCACUUCUUUCGUCUUCGAGGUGAAUAACAUCCGCAUCUUCGCAGGCGGAUCGUGCUGGAUCCCGGGUGACUUCAUGCUUCCACUCAUGACCCAUCAGCGAUACCUCGACUGGCUGAAGCUGGCCAAGAGCGGCAACCAGACCAUGAUCCGGGUAUGGGGUGGAGGGAUAGUCGAGUCAAACGAUUUCUACGACAUCUGUGAUGAGGAAGGUCUCUUGGUUUGGCAAGAUUUUCUCUUUGCUUGCGGGAAUUAUCCUGCCUCCAAGGACUUUAUGGACAACGUCGAGGUCGAAGAUCGGCAGCAUCUCCAACGUGUGGGCCAUCAUGCCAGCCUGGCAAUCUGGGCCGGAAACAAUGAAGACUACAUGCUCGCUGAGAGAUGGGGUUGGCAACUAGACUUAAAAGACAAAGAUGGACCAUGGGAUCAGACCGACUUUCCUGCCCGUGAAAUUUACGAGAGGCUGCAACCGAGUCUUGUGAAGGAGCUUGGAGGUGAUGUGCCCUACUGGGAGAGCAGCCCGUUCGGAGGAGUAUUUUCUAACGACCGUACGGUCGGUGAUACUCAUGUUUGGGAUGUCUGGCACGGAAAGCUGUCUCCAUAUCAGGACUACAAGGAAUACAUGUCCCGCUUCAUCAGCGAAUUUGGGUUUGAGUCUUGCCCCUCCAUACGCACCCUUCACCGUGCCAUCACCGACCCUUCUGAAAGGCACUCUCUAUCACGAACCUUUGACAUCCACGACAAGGGACCCGGCCAUGCGCGUCGCUACCCUAUGUACUUCGGCGAAAACUUUCGCUUUCGUAUGAAUCCAUUUCAAGACUUUGUAUACUGCACCCAGUUCCUGCAGGCUGAAGCGAUGAAGUAUGCAUAUAACUGCUGGAGGCGGGAAUUUCGUGGCCCCGGAGAAGAGAAUUGUGCUGGUGUGCUGGUAUGGCAGCUGAAUGACAUCUGGCCUGGGUCAAGCUGGGCCUUGGUGGAUGUAGACUUGCAUCGCAAACCUGCAUACUACAUCACGAAGCGAGCGUUGGCCAACAUGGUGGUCGGCAUGGAACGCACCGUCACCAAGCAACCUCCAUAUAUCACCACCGGUUACCUGCCAGAGAAGCAUUCACUCGACAUCUGGGCCGUUAAUGGAAUGAUCAAGGAUGUGCACGUAACGCUCAAGCUCCGGGCGUUUGAUAUCGUGUCCGGGUCUGUGGUUGCACUGACAGGCGACGUCCAGCACCAUCCCAGUUUGACACUCGCGGCAAAUCGGACCACAGAGAUCGGGAGCCUCGAGAUUCCGAAUGCUGACCAGACUGUUGUUGUUGCCUAUCUGGAGGACACCACGACGUCGGUACUACUUGCGCGCUGGGUCUCUUGGCCCGAGCCGCUGAGACUGCUUCACAUGUCUCCAGACUUGCGUAUCACAGUCAAUGUCGCGGACUCCGGCGACAGGUUGUCAAUCAGUGCCAACGCGCCAGCCAAGGGAGUGACGCUAUCAGUGCCGCUUACUGAUCCGGGCGAUGACGCUGCAUUUGAGGACAAUUUCGUGGACUUGGUGCCAAAUGAGACGGUGGUUGUUGGUGUUCAAGGUCUAAAAGGCCGGAGUGUGCAAGCGCGUUUCUUGUAUGAUUGGGAACUGCAGGAUGGCUUUGAGUUGUAGAUUCCAUGCGGAAAUAUCCUAGAUUCUGGUGUAGCUGAGGGCGAGAAAGGAGGUCACACGACGGACGUCUUUACUGAUACAGACCUCUUUGUAUGUCCACCGCAAGCGUCACACUCUUUGUUCAUGCUCUCGCACUGUCUUUCUUGUAGAAGCCAGCAAUUAUGGGAGAGUGACCGAGAUAUAAAUCAUAGUAAUUAGCUGGACAAGGGGUGGUGAUAUUCACGUACCUAGGUAACUCUGUUGUACGAGUAACCACACCCUCGAAGUUGGGUUUGUGCUCAACGUCAAAUCCGGCAAACGACACUCCAACCUCGUUCCCCCAC